AUGCAGCUUCCUCUCUUCAUCAAGAUGCUUCCUCUCCUGAUCAAGAUGCUUCCUCUCUUCAUCAAGAUGCUUCCUCUCUUCAUCAAGAUGCUUCCUCUCUUCAACAAAGUGAUUCCUCUCUUGAUCAAGGUGCUUCCUGUCUUCAUCAAGAUGCUUCUUCUCUUCAACAAUGUACUUCCUCUCUUGAUCAAGAUGCUUCCUCACUCCAUCAUGCAGCUUCCUCUCUUGAUCAAGAUGCUUCCUGUCUUGAUCAAGAUGCUUCCUCUCUUGAUCAAGGUGCUUCCUCUCUUCAUCAAGAUGCUUCCUCUCUUCAUCAAGAUGCUUCCUCUCUUCAACAAUGUACUUCCUCUCUUGAUCAAGAUGCUUCCUCACUCCAUCAUGCAGCUUCCUCUCUUGAUCAAGAUGCUUCCUCUCUUCUUCAAAGUACUUCCUCUCUUGAUCAAGAUGCUUCCUCACUCCAUCAUGCAGCUUCCUCUCUUGAUCAAGAUGCUUCCUCUCUUCUUCAAAGUACUUCCUCUCUUGAUCAAGGUGCUUCCUCUCUUCAUCAAGAUGCUUCCUCUCUUCAACAAUGUACUUCCUCUCUUGCUCAAGAUGCAGCUUCCUCUCUUCAACAAAGUGCUUCCUCUCUUCAUCAAGGUGCUUCCUCUCUUCAUCAAGAUGCUUCCUCUCUUCAAUAAAGUGAUUCCUCUCUUCAUCAAGGUGCUUCCUCUCUUCAUCAAGAUGCUUCCUCUCUUCAACAAUGUACUUCCUCUCUUGAUCAAGGUGCUUCCUCACUACAUCAAGAUGCUUCCUCUCUUCAACAAUGUACUUCCUCUCUUGCUCAAGAUGCAGCUUCCUCUCUUCAACAAAGUGCUUCCUCUCUAA